AAUAACUUCGACAACUCCGAUAGAGGUUUCCCUGGAUUUAUUCUCUGUCAAAACAACAGCAUCUUGGUCUUCUGAGAUCCGCCUCCUCCCGGAAGGUGCGUCUCCACUGCGCCGCCAUGUGUAGGCUGCAGCCGGCGUGGCUGUGGAUGCUGCUCGGCCUCCUGCCUCUGGAGGUCCAGACCCGCGCUUUGACUCUGCAGACCCUGGAUCAGAGACAGAGGUUGAGUUUAUCGAGAACCUCUAAAGAUCAAAAGUCCUUCGGCUCCGCCAUCAUGCCAACUACGUCUGAUAUUUCUGCUGCCGUUGACAACCACAUCACAGAGGGAGACAGGCAUUUCAUCUGGAGGGCCCUGCUGCACAAAGACUCCCCGCCGAGGUGGUCCGACCCGUUGCUUGACCAAAGAGACAGUGUGCCAUGGGAAGCGCCGGCCUGGCAGCGAGGGUCACGGGGUCGUCGCCAUACCAACAAUGGUGGCUCGAGAGGCCACAGCCAUCUGAUGAGGGUGGGGUGCGUCCUGGGCACCUGUCAGGUUCAGAACCUCAGCCAUCGUCUCUACCAGCUGAUUGGACAGAGCGGGAGGGAAGACUCCUCCCCCAUUAACCCUCGCAGUCCUCACAGCUACGGCUAACACCACUCCUCCAAUGUACUCACAACUUUAUCGUUAAACAUUGGCUAUUAUAGCCUGGCUACAAAUACAUAUUUCAUUUGAGUUCUUUCAACCCUGCCUCUUAGAAAUUUAAUUCAGCAAUUGUUUUCUUAAUUGUGCUGUGAACAUAAUUGCUGGCUGGAUUAUGUUAUUUUGUGAGUAACAAAAAGUCGUUGCCUUCAAGAUAAUGGUAGAAAGCAAAAGGAAUAUGUUGGCUGCUUAGUGGCAAAAGUAUAUUGUGUUUUUCCUGUGGUUAUUAUUAUUAAGACAACAUCACUCUCUCAGUGAAACUUGCAGGUUGUAGACUCUCAAGAGUAUCCCCACAGUAUCCCCUACAGUUUUCAGAUUCAAUUUAUGAAUGUAGGUUAAAAUAGGGUCAACGGUACAGUGACAUGUAUUUGAUGUAUGAGAGAACAGGUCAGAUUAUCGAUAAAACGCACCAGUCCCAAUAUGUGCAAUAGGAGCAUUGGUCAUAUAAAGAUAAGAUCAAAACAUGUUUCGAUAAUCCAGUAAGAGUUCUGGCACGUUAGUUUGAUUCAGGAGAUACAUUAUCUCUUUUGUCUAACAUGACAACCUCUUAUGUCAUGGAGGUGUGAGCUAGUGUGAUUGGGAGAUUUUCACAGCGUUAUCAUUCAAUAUCGCAAAUUAAGGCCCCGUCCACACGGAGAUGAAACAGGUGUUAUAUAGGUGUUAUAGUUCUUUAUCGUAUGGACGGUUCGUCCACACCAGGCCGUAACGGAACCGCAGAAACGGAGCCCUCAAACGAUAACGCAUCCCAAAGUGGGAAGGUCUGGUAACGUAGCGCUUGCGGCACCGUGUGUACGCCCUAAACGAUCAUAGCCCGGCCUCUCCCCACCUCUCCUUCUCACCCCCGCGCCACCCGUGUCGUUGCUGAUGCGUUUCGCCAACAACAACAAUGGCGGAUCACAGGGUUGCGUUCGUGCUC